AUGUCGUCAAGUAAUCGGUAUGUGAGUGUCACGAGUUUCGUCUCUAUACGCUUUGCACGCCUUUUCCAGCCAACCCUUUGGCCGCCAUCCAACUCCAAAACAGACGUCUUCAUCUGCUUCGCCAUCAGUGGAUGGCAAUCGCGGACUGCCAGCUCGUGCCGCCUCUACUUUAGCUAUGGACAGGGCAGCAUCCGACUUGACACAUCUAUCAGCCCAGCUCUCCCAGAGGAUGCUCCAAUCCCGGCUGGAGGUUCGUGCUUCGCGGAAACGAAAGCAAGUUUCUUUGUCCAUGUACCAAAACUGCACAAGAGUGGACGCUAG